AAAAGUUUCUCUUUUUGUGUGCCACAGAAUGUUAGGAAUUAGUGUAUGGGUACCAUGAGCUGAAAACGCUUGGAAAUGGCUUCUCUAGGGCUUUGCUCCUGCUGUUUCCCCUUCUGAAGUGCUGGCCUCCUUUUUCUUCUCCUCUGUGUAAAUUCUCCAUUUCACUUCCUUCAAGCCCCUGCUGAAGAUAGACUUCCUCCAGGGUGUUCCCCGACUGCCCUACCCCCAUGCCUUUGUGGCACUCGGAAUCUAAAGCGCAGGAUUCAGCACUUGUUCUUGUUCUUGGCCUGACUGGGAGGUUUAUAGGGGCAUUAGACCCUAAUGCAUCUACCUCUCUGAGCCCUUGUAGUAUCCAAUACUGUAGCUGGACUGCUUUAAUAGGCACUCAAAUACUGGAUUUUUGUUGAUAAGCAAUUUUUUUUAAAGGACAUUCUGUGAUCAGGCUUUUCUGUCCUGUGUUGCAUGUCUCCUGCUGCCGAUCAAGGUGGAUGUGUUCAGUUUUCAUUCUUAGGGUGCCAGUAACAUAAAACAAAGUUUUGAAACAUUAAAAUGUUUACUCGUACUUGUGGGAAAAGAAAAAAUAUCAUGUAAUUCUUUGUUCAGAGGCUGUGGGGAAAGAAAGACCAUCAAUCAGCUUUGGAAUCAGACAGGCCUGGGUUUGCAUUCCAGCAAGGCCACUUACUACAGCUAUGUGAACGUGGGCAAUUUACAUAAUGUCUCUGAGCCUCCUUACUCACCUGCAGGGUGGGGAUAAAAUCCACAGAGUUGCUAUGAGUUUUAAAAUGAAAAAAAAAGUUUACGAAGAGCUGGCAAAACUUGCAGCACCCACUAACUGCUUAUUACAUUUUUAAUCAUCACUCUUAUUAAUAUUAGGUGUGAGUGUACCACAGUGGGGAAAUGAUAGGCCGCCGAACCUCAGUGUAUCCAGUGAGUUGUGGGUUUCUGCAUGUCCGGGGUUCUGCUUCUACCUUCCAGCUCAAGCACUUGUUAAAAAUGCCAGUCAUGAAUCUAGAAUGCCAUCACUAUGUCUUAUUCUCAUUAAUUUUUAUGUUACUUUUGUUUAAAUUCUGCUUAGUGUUUGUCAGACCUCUUCAUUGUGUUCAUUUAAUGUUUUGUGGCUGACAAACUGUUGAAUUUAGCUUAGUGAAGGUCAUCAACUGAAUGUAGUUUAACUUCCAAUGGUUAUUUUCUGGUUGAUUUUGAUGGCAUGGAAAACCUCAUGGGAGAAAGCAGUUCAAGGUGAGCUUUUCUAACCCUUUUGUCAUAAGAGACGGGACUUGCCGUACUUUCCAGGUCCAGGGCCCCCUGAAAUGCCAGCAGUAAGCACAUAUAGGAUGCUGCUCCUGGACAUUUUUUAGUUCUUUGCCUUAAGAAAGCUUGUUCAUUUUUUUUACCCAAAACAAGUCUUUCUAAUUUAUGAUUGGAAUUUGAAACAUCUAUUUGCUCACUUCAUAGACAGAAGUAAAAAGAAUGGACAUUGUGCAGAGAAAUGGAUACAAACUACUCCAAGGUUCUCUUCAGAAUGGGUCAGCAGUGUGAGAAGAUGUCACUGGUUUUGGUUUCCAUUAUACCAUUUCAUUACAGCUUAAUUAACAACGUGUGAUGCAGAAACGAUGUGCCACGGAGAGGGCUAGUUGUGACUGUUACCUCCAUCAUGAGAUUACGCUUCAUGUCAGUAGCAAUGGACAGCAGCAGUUUUAUUCAGUUUGAUGUGCCCGAGUACAGCAGCACCGUUCUGAGCCAGCUAAAUGAACUCCGCCUACAAGGGAAACUAUGUGACAUCAUUGUCCACAUUCAGGGUCAGCCAUUCCGAGCCCACAAAGCAGUCCUUGCUGCCAGCUCCCCAUAUUUCCGGGACCAUUCAGCAUUAAGUACCAUGAGUGGCUUGUCAAUAUCGGUGAUUAAAAAUCCCAAUGUGUUUGAACAGUUGCUUUCAUUUUGUUACACUGGAAGAAUGUCCUUGCAGCUGAAGGAUGUUGUCAGUUUUCUGACGGCAGCGAGCUUUCUUCAGAUGCAGUGUGUCAUCGACAAGUGCACCCAGAUCCUAGAGAGCAUCCACUCAAAGAUCAGUGUUGGCGAUGUUGACUCUGUUACCGUUGGUGCUGAAGAGACUCCAGAGAGUCAGAAUGGAGUUAAAGACGGCGGCUUCUUUGCCAACCCAGUUGAGAUCUCUCCCCCAUAUUGCUCUCAGGGACGGCAGCCCACCACAAGCAGUGAUCUUCGGAUGGAGACGACGCCCAGCAAAGCUUUGCGCAGCCGCCUACAGGAGGAAGGGCACUCAGACCGAGGGAGCAGCGGGAGUGUUUCUGAGUACGAGAUUCAGAUAGAGGGGGACCAUGAUCAAGGGGACCUGCUGGUGAGGGAGAGCCAGAUCACUGAGGUGAAGGUGAAGAUGGAGAAGUCAGACCGGCCCAGCUGUUCCGACAGUUCCUCUCUGGGAGACGACGGCUACCACACUGAGAUGGUUGAUGGGGAACAAGUUGUGGCGGUGAAUGUGGGUUCCUAUGGUUCUGUGCUCCAACACGCAUAUUCCUUUUCCCAGGCGGCCUCACAGCCAGCCAGCGUAUCAGAAGCUUUUGGAAGUUUGAGUAAUUCCAGCCCAUCCAGGUCCAUGCUGAGCUGUUUCCGAGGAGGACGGGCCCGCCAAAAACGGGCUUUGUCUGUGCACCUGCACAGUGAUCUCCAGGGCUUGGUGCAGGGUUCAGACGGUGAAGCUGUGAUGAAUAACCCUGGGUACGAGAGCAGUCCCCGGGAGAGGAGUGCAAGAGGUCACUGGUACCCCUACAACGAGAGGCUCAUCUGUAUUUACUGUGGAAAGUCCUUCAACCAGAAAGGAAGCCUUGACAGGCAUAUGCGACUCCAUAUGGGAAUCACCCCCUUCGUGUGCAAGUUCUGCGGGAAGAAGUACACGCGAAAGGACCAGCUGGAGUACCACAUCCGGGGCCACACUGAUGAUAAACCAUUCCGCUGUGAGAUCUGCGGGAAGUGCUUUCCAUUCCAAGGUACCCUCAACCAGCACCUGCGGAAAAACCACCCAGGAGUAGCUGAAGUCAGGAGUCGCAUCGAGUCCCCUGAGAGAACAGAUGUGUACGGGGAACAGAAACUAGAAAAUGACCCAUCAGCCUCCGAGAUGGCCCUAGAUUCCCGGAUGGAAAUUCAUACAGUGUCCGAUGCUCCUGAUUAAGAUGGUAAAGAAGUGCACCCAAACAAAGCACAUUAAUCCAUGCAUAUUUGUGAUUUGCUUUGUUGUAAUCUUUAGUUUUCCCAACCAUCUGGAAAUCUCUUGGUCUCUUGGCAGUUUUUCUAAGGGUUCUGGAAGGAACACUUCAUUGUGUUUAUUCUUCUUCCGUCCUCCCUUCCCCAAGGAGCUCAAAGCAUGAAGGGCAUCAUAUCCAGGGAAAACACAGGCUGACAGUAUUCCUCUUUGGCUGAACUCUUAAUCCAAAAUCUGCCAGUGAUUUAGCUAUGCCAACUGGUUGACCCUGUAUUCUCUGCCAAGAGGCAUACUCUCGCUGGGCCAUCAUGCACUGGCACCAGUGCAUCUCCAUGGAGAGAGACUAGGAUGCCAUCAGCCGAUAUAAAUGGGUAACCUUUUCUAAUUUAAAAUUACUUUUACGGAAUAGUUAGACAAUUUAUAUAUAUAUAUAAUAAAGUGAUUAUUAUAUAUAUAGUAUAUAUAUACAUUCUCAAAUUUGGUUUUAUUCUGGUUGAGGUGAAUGUAAGAGGAAUAUAUAAUUUAAUACAAUGUGAACAGGGCUUUUGACUCUGUCAUCCCUACCUAAUAUGUUAGGGUUUUGCCCCUUUAUUUCCCUUAGAAAAGAAUGUUAAUAGGUUUUCAUAUACAUUAAUUAUUGUGUCCAAAAGCAAGCAAAGCAAAUCACAGUGUUCAUAGCUCUGCUUCAUAACAAAUACAUAAACCAAAUGCCAUAAAACCUAUUCAACUCUGGUUGGAAACCAUUUGGAAUUUUUGUUAGUUGUCCAGUGGGUAAACUGGAUGACCCGUGGUGCUGACCCUUUUUACAUAUUGUAGUGUUUUAUUAGCCAACCCCAAAGGAGCCGUGGUUUUCAGUGUUUUUACUGGCCUCCGAAUCUACCUUCAUUCCGUACUGUAGAAACAUACACACCAGGUAACUAAAUCGAAUCACUCUAAUGUGAGUUACUACUCGCACUAAAGGAAAGGGAUUUGUAGUUCUGUCUACAAUAUUUUCCAAGCAGUGUUGUAGGGUUUUAUUUUUUUUUUCUUUCUCUUUUCAAACAGCCAGUUCAGGUGCACAGCAACUUUUUCUACAUGCAGUUCCCAGGGAAACUGCACAACUUGGAAUUUGUACUUUUGUAAAGAUAUACUCUAUGGGAAUUGCAAGCAAUAUAUCUAUCUUAGGAUUGUGUGUGCUAACGAGAGCCUCCGUGGCUCCCCCACUCUCAGUGUUUCCUGCUUAAAGAAACCAACAGUUAACAAGCCCUCUGAGAGCCUCUGUGUGUCACCAAAUCUCUGUGUGUCACCAUUUAUUUUUUUGGUCACGUGGUGCUAUCUUUAUGUUAUGUAUCUUUUAGGUCAGUAUAGUUGUAGAAAAUGUGAAAUCUAAGGGGAAUAGUGAAUUUCAGUUUUUUCCCUCUCUUGAGUUUCUAGCUUGAAAAGAGACCUCAAAAACAUGUGCUGGCAAACACAUUUACUGUAUGAAAACAUACCUGAGUCCUGUUGAAUAAUAUUUUAUUAGUGCUUUAGGAACUGUCUUCAGUUCUAUAUUUUGUCCACCCAUGGGCUCUACAAGAUUGCUUUGGUACUGUAACCUCUGACAGUAAUUUGGUGAACAGUUUGGUGGUGGGUUUGUGCUGAAGGUUGCGAGGGGGAGGUCAGCACUCCAUACACUCGCCCUGAGAGCCUUGGCUCUGAAACUCACGAGGUCGUCUCCUUGGGAGAACAGCACAAACCACCUGAGAGAAAACAAACAAAGUGGCAACCUCAGAGGCUAAGAGUUAAAGGAAAACAAAAAUAGAUGUUUGCUGGUUUUCCAUGCUUUUUUGACUCUUAAAAUACCAAGAAUGGUGGGGGUUUGGGGAUUAUUUUUUUGUUUUGUGGGGGUUAUUUUGAGAAAAAAUGAGUCAUUCAAGCCCCUGUGUGCGACAGUCCCAGGGGUGGUGGCUGUGCAGCGGCAUCUCCUUAGCACACAGGAUCUGUUCACAUGGGUGCUGCUGCGCUCCACAUCAGUGUUACUACGUACAGUUCCACUCGAGUCCUGCUGCUCCGGGAGCAGCUCUUGCUAAAUCGGGUAUUGUAUGCCUUUUUCCUGUCGAACUGCCUAAGUAAGGGGCCCGUCUCUCCCUGCAGCACUUGCUCAACCCCGUCAAAGCGGCGAGCCACAGGGGGAGGCUGGACCCCAGUGUUUACCCACUUAAAUAUGUCCUGGGGUUUCAGGUAAAUGUUUGUGAUUUAUGUUUCCUUACAUGAAUCAGUUUGGCUUUGAUUUUUUUUUUUUUUUAAGAAUGAAAUGCAAAAAAAUUGUUUUGUGAUACAAAAUUAGGUUGGUGGCAAGAAAUUCCCAAAUCGAGGACAUGAGAGGUGAGGCUCAGGGAAGGCACCUCCUUUCACUCAGGCUUGGGGCCUUCUGAGAGGUCCCCAGAGCAUUUUGUGAUUGAUCAGAAAGACAAGGUAGGAGGGGAAGACACUUUGGGCGAGCACCUCCAAUGUCCUAGUUCUUGUCUCCGUGUCUGUCUUAAUGUUAUUUACAUGGAGUUCUUUGUAUAUGUCAAUUUGUUUAUCUGGUUUGAGUUUACCAAAGAGUGACUUAUCCAAAAUUGUCUUUGACAAAAAUAUACAUUGCUUUGAUUGUACAGUUCAGGUUCAAACAUUGUAAUGGGACUGUUAAGGAGCAGAAAAUUGAUUGAGUUUCCCUCGAGUAAUCAUAAUUCCACAUUUUGCAAGUUCCACUUGCUCCCAUUCAUGUUGCUAACACUUUACCCUUUCCACUGCUAGCAGUGUUAAGAAAGAAUUCUCAAGCCAUAACACAGUACUGUAAGGUUCCACAGGGCUUCGAGGGAGGCAGCACGGAGGCCAGCACGCAGCCGUCGCCUCUGAGCGUGUGCACUGCCGUGCUUCUCAGUGUGCGUGGCGGGUGAAAGAUGACUCCAUUCAGAUCGGGCAGCAGCAAUACUUGUGCCUUGUCACAUGAGGAUGUGCCAGGAGGAUUAACGGGACCACAGAACAGAAACAUUCUCUCCCCGAAGUUCACCUCACGUCUCCACAGACGAAGUACGCCGUGUAACUCCUUUUGGAAAGCAAAGUCCCUAUUUCUGUACAGUUUUAGAUUAGAUGUUUCAUUUAUAACAAAUGCAGAAAUCAAUUAAGAUAAAAGUGAUAUGUGAAGAAAUCUUUUACAGUAAAAUAUAUCCUGAGUUCA